CAAAACCCAAAACCCAAAACCCUAAUCCCCCAUUCAAAACCCCUCUCUUCCAUUUCAAAGUACAAUCUUGAAUUUUCACACCCACACACAACGCGCACACACAUAUAUUUAUUCAUGGGUACACGUUUCUGUGUAUUUGUUUCAGAUUACAUUGAACUGAUAUAUAUAUAUAUAUAUAUAUAUAUAUAUAUAUAUAUAUAUAUAUAUAAUUCUACAUUUGAUUGUAUAGUAUUAUUUAUAUGAGUUGAAAUUUGAGACACAAAAACAAUGUAUUGUGUUUACAUGAAUAAACAACUAGAUCAUGAAUAUUAUAGUCAAUCACUCGCCUAAUUAGUUUCGAGUAUUAAAUUAAUAUCAUCAUCAAUUCAAUGGCGGAGUUUACGCCUAAUUUGGAGAGGUGCACAUGGUGUUUUGCUGGCCAAUUUUCUUUUUGAGAAUUGUUUAGAGAGAUGCACAUGGUGUUUUGCUGGCCAAUUCUCUCCUUGUGAAUUAUACUAUUGACUAUCCUUGUUCAAUAGCUCCACAAACAAUCUGUAAACCAUCUAUCUCAUCAAGAAGAAAUGGCUGAAACAAUUCUCCACAACACUGUGACUGAAAUUCUGAAGAAGUUGGGCUCGACAGUUCUCCAAGAGAUCGCCCUGGUGUGGGUGGUAAAGGAUGAGCUUCGCAGACUCAAAAACACGGUUUCUACAAUCAGAGCAGUCAUUGUUGAUGCAGAGGAGCAGCAAUCCACAAACCAUGAGAUUGCAGACUGGUUGGAAAUGCUCAAUGAUGCACUUCAUGAUGCUGAUGACUUGUUUGAUGACUUUUCCACCCAAGUUCUUCGGCGUCAGGUUAAGACUCAGAAUAAAGGGCUAAAGAAGGUAGGCGUUUUCUUCUCAAGCUCUAACCAGCUUGCUUUUAGCCUUAAGAUGGCUCAUGAGAUUAAAGCCAUUAAGGAGAGACUAGAUGAAAUUGCAGAAGAUAGGAAAAAAUUUCACCUAACUGAGCAACCUUUAGAGAUUCGAGUUGAGAAUGGUAAAAGGGAGGAGACUCACUCUUCUGUUCAUGCAGAAAGUGUUACUGGGAGGGAUGCUGAUAAAACAUCCAUUAUAGAACUUUUAUUGGACGGUAACGUUCGAGAGAAUGUGUCCGUUGUUGCAUUAGUUGGAAUUGGGGGACUAGGAAAGACCACACUUGCACAAUUAGCAUACAAUGAUGAGGGUGUCACUAAACAUUUUGAACUUAAGAUGUUGGUGUGUAAAUUUGAUGUUUUUGAUGUGAAACUCAUUGUAGAAAAGACCAUAGAGUCUGCAACAGACGAUAAGCCUGAAAACCUUUCCAUGGAUAAGUUGCAAGAAAAGCUUAAGAGAGAAAUUAUUGGAAAGAAAUAUUUGCUUGUGUUGGACGAUGUGUGGAAUGAGGAUCGUGAAAGAUGGCUAGAACUGAGAGUUUUGUUGAUGGGUGGUUCUAGGGGAAGUAAGAUAUUAGUAACAACCCGUAGUGAAUUAGUUGCAAAUGUUAUGGGUGCAAAUUCACCAUGUCUUUUUAAAGGCUUGUCUAAGGAGGAGUCGUGGUCUUUGUUUAAGCAAAUGGCAUUCAAACAUGGGGAAGAGUCAGAGAAUACAUGUCGAUUAACAAUUGAGAAAGCGAUUGCACAGAAGUGUAAGGGAGUUCCUCUUGCCAUAAGGGCUAUAGGAAGCCUACUAUACUCUAAAGAUACAGAUGUUGAAUGGUUGCUUUUCGAAAGUAAUGAUUUGGCAAAAAUAGCUCAAGUAGAAGAUGUUAUUUUGCCAAUAUUAAAGUUAAGUUAUGAUCAUCUUCCUUCAAAUCUGAAGAAAUGCUUUGCAUUUUGUUCCUUAUAUGUGAAAGAUGAAAAGAUUGAUAAGCAAUCAUUAAUCCAAUUGUGGAUUGCAGAGGGACUCAUUCAAUCAUUGUAUGAAAAUCAACACUUGGAAGAUGUGGGAGAUUUGUAUUUUAUGGAUUUACUAAGGUCCCUUUUUCAAGAUGUUGAAAGAGAUGAAUGGGGUGAUAUAAUAAGUUGCAAAAUGCAUGAUCUAGUCCAUGACCUUGCACAAUUGGUGGCAAGGCUUGAGAACUCCACUUUGACGAAAGCAGAAAAUGUUACAGCAACAACUCGUCAUGUGUCAUUUGGUGUUUGUGAUUCAUCACGGGAAAUUUCAACCCACUUGGUCCAAGCUAACAAGUGACGAACAUUUAUUUGGAAGAAGGAUCAAGUUUUAGAUGAAUCAGUUUUUGAAAGAAAUGUUUUAAGUUUUAAAAAGUUACGUGUGAUGGUUGUCCACAAGUUGAAGAUCCAGACCGUGCCAAGUUACAUAAGCAAACUGAAACAUUUAAGGUAUCUUGAUCUCAGUGAUAGUGGUAUCUCGACUCUCCCAAAUUCUAUAACCAAGUUGCAAAGUCUGCAGACUCUAAAACUCAAUCAUUGUUACAGGCUUGUAGAAUUGCCAAGAGAUAUAAGAAAAUUGGUCAGCCUUAGGCAUCUUGAGCUUCACUACUGUAAUUAUUUGAGUGGUAUGCCGUGUGGAUUGGGCCAGUUGACCUCUCUUUUGACAUUAACUAGAUUUGUAACCAACUCAAAUGGCAGUCGGUUGAAUGAAUUGCAAAGCCUAAACAAUCUACGUGGAAGAUUAAGUAUUAGAAUACUUGGACUUGGGGACUUAAGUAGCCGACAGUGUUCAAAAAAUGCAACAACAGCAGAGGAAAGAAUGGAUGGAACAAACUACUUGGAGGAAAAAGAAUACCUUAAGAUCCUGGAAGUAUAUUUUUAUAAGGAUGAAGAUAAUCAGGUAUUGUUGGAAACCCUACGUCCACACCCCAAUCUGAAGGAGCUGAAAAUAUAUUAUUAUCAGGGAGUGAGUUCCCCAAGUUGGAUGAUGGUUGACAUUCAUUUAUUCAUCCCAAAUGUAGUCAAUAUUGAUAUAGAGAACUGGCAUAGAUGCAAACAUCUUCCACUGUUUGGGCAACUUCCUUCUCUCCAAUAUCUUAAGCUUUAUGAUAUGGAUUCUAUGGAGUACAUAGACAACAAUACUGGCUGUGGUGUGGAGUCCCUCUCUUCAUCGAGUGGAGAAGCAGCAGCAGCAAGAAAAAGAGAACCAACACUAGCACCAACAUUCUUCCCAUUGCUGAAGACACUCACACUCUGGGACUUGCCUAAUCUGAAGGGAUGGUGGAGGAGCGAUGCAGAAGAAGAAGCAACAAGAACAAGUACUAUUGCAAGCUUACCAGACCAACAACAUUUGAAGUCACUGCCUCAUAGCUCCCAUCAUUUCCUACUCUUUCCACAUUAUCCAUUACUAAUUGCCCUAAUCUGGAAUCAAUCCCGAUUCUGCAACCAUAUCUUGAAGUACUACAUCUAGAUCGCGUCAGCAAGAAGCUAGUACAACAACUUCUAAUGAUGACGAUGUCGUUGUCCUCUUCAUCUUCUUUGCUUCUUCAUCUUCCCAAAUUAAAAUGUCUGAGUCUUGGGAGAAUUUACAAUCUAGUUACACUACCAGAGUGGAUAGGCAACCUCACAUCACUUGAAAAGUUUCACAUUUUUUACUGCCCCAAAUUGACAUCACUGCCCGAAGGGAUGCGUCGGCUCACUACACUCCAAGAACUCAAAAUUACAUAUUGUACUGAUGUGUUAAAUGAUAGAUGCCACAAAGAAACAGGGGAAGAUUGGCCAAAAAUUGUUCAUAUCGCAAAUAUUUAUAUAUCACGAUUACAUUGACAUGCAAGGUUCACAGGACUUGGUGGAUGAAUCAUUGCUUGAAACAAAGAAGAUAGCUCAUUUUGUUCUUGGAAUUGAAAUUACCCCAGCUGGCAGCUUGAGGAGCACAUAAUUGGAUUACUUUUAACUGUCUACUUCUUCCUGUUCGUGCUUGUUUGAUAUCAAAGCAUAUGAAGUUUCUGCAAAUUUACAGAGAAAUAGGGUGGAAUCUGCCAAAAGGGUGAUUACAAAAACCAUCAAGCGUGAGCAGCCACAAAAAAAUUGGACAAGGCUUAGGGAUUAUUAUCAGUAGUCUAUACUAGAUUUUGUUUGAUGAAGAUGAGUCAGGAGAAAGAAUCUUAGGCAGUUACUGGAGAUUUGUUCUCUAUUGGUACUCGUGAUCAAGGCUAAGGAUUAAGGAAUGAAGCAAUGGGCUUCUCUGUGGAGCACGGAUAUUCAAUCCAGAGUGGGAGUAUAAGCUGUGAACCUUAAGACAUUUACAAGUCUAGGAUUAUCAGAUUACUGGUAAGACGCUUUACCCUUCAGCAGAUUUUUUCGAAUUUUGCUUUACAACUAAUAAUACAGGUUGUCCUCCCUUAUGGGGGAAAUGAUUGACCAACCUGGUGUUGUUUUUUUGAGUGAUUUUAUUAGUUCUCAGGCCAGAAUUUGGAUAUUCUGAGUGGUUUGACAAUAUAAGUUUACCGUAAUGCUGUGUUGCUCAAAAGUAUGGCAAGUCAAGAACAGGAAUGCUGUUUUGCUCCUCAGAAUUUUCAUAGAUAUGUUCUCUGCAACUUUUCCUUGUUUUCUGAUAUUCAGACGGUGCAUUAAACACUAGAUUUUGCUAAAAGUAACAAUUAUCCCGACACUACCUUCAGAUCUUUACCGCCAUUUGACGUAUGUAAUGCUCACUAGAUUUUGCUAAAAGUAACAACAUUUCCUUGUCAGCGUUCAUAUUCUUGUUUCCCUAUAUUUUGUACUGAUGUAAAGACAGUUUUUAGAAUCAGUUAUUUAAUGAUGAAAUUCACUUGAUGACAAAAGUUUAAGUAUGACCACACCUUGAAUGAGGUGAAAAUUAAGAAAAUAUUGGUUGAAGAUUACAUGUAUCUUACAAUCACUAGAGAUGCAGGACUAGAUUGCCUGUAGACUGCAAGAUCGUUCUAAAUUUUAUUAAUUUAAUACCACAACUCGACUUAAUCCUGUGGAUUGAAUCUGCAUCACUUCAUCUUAGAUUCAAAACAUAAUUCACAAGAUUAGUAGGACUCGUUGACGUAUCUUAACUAGUUUACUUCACAAAUUGUUGCAGGAGAGUGUACCACAACCAGAUGAAACAAUGCCGGACACAAUGGUGGGAAAACAGCUGAUGAAGAAACAGAAGAGAAGACUGUAGAAGAAAUCAGAGGAAGUUUUUGUGUUAUGUGCUCAUCUCUGAUCUCCCGUAUGCGUGUUCUUGCAGUCGACGACGAUGGGUGUUCUUGCAGUCGACAAUGCCAGUAUCAGGGCAGCUUGAGGAGCACAUAAUUGGAUUACUUUUACGGUCGCCUUAUGAAGGAAGCAUCGACAGAUAUAUUCAAUCCAAAGCGGGAGUAUAAUCUGUGAACAUUGUUAAGUGGUGGACAAGACAAGCUAUGACCAAGGCAAUACGAAACAAGCUUAGGAUUAUCAGAAUACUGGUAAGACACUUUAUCCUAGAGGAGAUUGUUUUGAAUUGUGCUUAUAUGAGUGAUUUUUUUAGUUCUCAAGUUAGAUUGACAAACCUGGUGUCUUCUUCGUGUGCUUAUGAGUGAUUUUUUUAGUUCUCAAGCUAGAUUUUUUAUAUUAUUAGUUUGUUUGGCAAGGGAGGUAAUACGUUCUUUCAGCCUAUCAGACAAAGCUAGAGAAGUGCAUCCAAAUCCAAGUAUGGUGAACCUUAAAAGCCAGACAUUGAUUGAAUUUAGUACGUUGUUUGGGAUUUACAAAAUAGAGAUACAGGAUCUUCGUAGACACAUCACUAGGUUCUUUCAUUAUUUACACAAAAUAGCUAAAAAAUUGUGCCUUGUAUAUGCGUCAUCAUUCCUCACAUGGGCCGGAGUUUGGGGCCUUACACAGUUACUCUAAUGCAAUUAACAUUUAUCUUUCCAAAAAAAAAAAAAUGGUUUUAGAAGAGUUGAGUUUUUAUUUUUGCAAAUAUCAUAUUUUUUUCUAAGCAAGAAAAUAGAUCUCCUAUUCCAUAUCUUAAGUAUAUAUGUAAUCUUUUAGUAAAAUAUGUAGAAUUAUACAGUUCAUUAAAUUCUAGGUAAAUAGAAUUCGAAAAUACAAGUUUUGGGUCAAAUGAUUUAAAAUAGAUUUUUUUAUUUUGGAGUGGAAAAUGAAAUACUUAGGUAGUUACAGGUAAAGUUAUAUAUUUUCAUUUAUUCAUAUGUAAUAGGUGGUUUUAGUAACUAUGGUGGUAAGCAUUGAGAGACAUGUUGGCAUGACCCUUAUAUUUUUUGUUGAACUCAUGCAUGAAUGCGUAUAGAUUACUGUGUAUUAUUUCCUUGGUCAAUCUGUUCAUAAAUGUGACUUUUAAGUGUGCUCUUCUUUUUCUUUGUUUAAAAUUGUGCAACUCACCUAUGUUCACAUAGAGCUUGUUUCAGAUCUUUGAAGAGACAACCACCAUGACUUCCAAUUCUUUUCAUGUCUACUUGCUUGUUGCCUACGAUCACAUAGCUAAAUCUUGUGUCUAUCUAUCUGCAUAGAAAUUUAUUGUGCACAAAUCAAACUUUACCCAGGUUUUGCAACCAGAAAAAAAAAAAAUUUGAAAAAAAAAAUAAUAAUAACCCUCAUCUCAAAAGGAGCAUUGUAACAACAUAAGGUUAUUUACACUGCUAAUUAUUGAGUAUGACGUUUUCAGCUACAACAAAGAGAUGAUUUACUUGAUCUUCUGCACUUACAAAUGCAAUUAAUCACCAUCAUAAAGUAGCAGCUUCAAAUUAUUAAAUGUACAUAGAACUAGGUCUAAACCUCCCCACAAUUCUUAACGAAGGUGCUGCAUAGUCCUUGAUAAAUUAAGCAAGCCAUACACAGUAAUUCUGAGAAAAAAAAACCCCUAAACACUCUCACCUGUUCCUUUAUCUCGGGAGCAAAUCGGAACUUCCCACCAUCACUCUUGGCUGCAAUUCCAGAGCUCUCUCACAAUCGGACCUCUUCUCACUCUACUUUCUUCAACAAUCACACACACACACAUUACACACAUUUGUUCUUCUCACUCUACUUUUCUGAACC